AUGUCUCAAAAUUCCUCACACGAUAUCACAAGUGACGUAGACCAACCGGAUGUUUGUGUUGAUUUUGCUGACUUAGGCCCCGGCAUGGUUACUAUGAGGGUUAAGGUGAGAAUUAUUAGGAGGUUCGUGUGUCCUGCGUAUGGCGCUAGGUUCGUGGAAUUCGUACUGGAAGAUCCAAAGGGUCAAAAGAUACAUGCUGUACUUGGUGGGGACGUCGCGCAACGGUUCUCAUCUAUCCUCAUAGAAGGCAAUUGCAUAAUUUUAUCCGACUUUGUUGUACGAAUGGCUCUCGGAAGGUUUAGACCGUCUUCGCAUAGAUUUCGACUUGGUUCAAACGCUCUCACUUCGGUCAAUUUAAUAAGGCCUUUCUCUCAAAGUGAUAAUUUCCAUUUCGCGAAGUUUAGUGAUAUCAAAGAAGGACACCUAAAUCCUUGCUUCUGCGUUGAUUUGAUUGGGCGCCUUCUGGUUACUUUUGAUUUCCGACGAUCGGAGUCGAAUCGUGUUAACCAUCGCUUUUUUUUUCAGAUGAAAGACCGAAGUGGUGUACGUCUAAUUUUUCGAUUGCCGGAUGUCUUUGUUGAUUCGUUUAUGAAUGAACGGAAGAAAUGGAUUGGUGAUUUCCAAAUUCUCAUCGUCAGAUUCGCUAAAUUGGAAGUCGUCGAAGGCAACGUCACUGCUACUACAGCUUGCACGUGCACUCAAUUCUUCUUCGAUCAUGAAUGUCCUGAGUUUUUGGUGAUGCGGAGGUUCUUUACCCGUAAGUGA